GUUCACAGUUUCGCGAACUCCUCACAUUCACCUAAUUGAGACGCAGCUAUGGAACUUCAGUUGGCAUUCCGUUUUUUAUUUCUUACAACAUUAGAUCUCUUUUCAUUGAAAGUGUUCGCGAACGUGAAAAAUAUAGAGUACAAACGCACAUUCGGUAACGACAAUUAUAAUGAUAUGUUUUGUGGCGCAGAAAAAAGUGAAAAUAAAUGUGUGGCAGUGAAAAUUCCUCAAGAUAGUAACGGACAGUGUCAAGCUUUAGAACGUGACUGGCUACUGAACAAACAAUACGACAGCGGAUAUGACUACAUCGAGAAGGAAAAAGUAGUGGAAAUCUUCAAUCCGCCGGUUGAGAUCGACAUUGUUGAAAUAGAUCGUAGUGACACUUACAAAUGGAUACUUCCGUCUUCAUUUGACGUCGGUGCCAGUUUGACACUAUAUGUCACAAUUCCAACUCAACCCUUUUAUUCAAUUGCAAUGAACAUUGCUGAUACCAUCAAAGAGAACCUCGAUGUCACUGAUUCCGAUCCGGAAAUCUUGUUACACCAUUUGGUGUUUCGUCAUAACAAGGGAGAGAGGGCAAUCCAGGCGAACGUUGAAAAUGCCCCACCAGAUGAAAGCAACUGCACUGAAACUGAUAUGAAUGACGAAGCUUCUGGGUCGGCAAGUCUCGUGCCUGGACACUCCGCUCCUGAAAAUACGAUUCCUGUUCGAGUCACCUCGCGUGAAGAGACGUCGGCGAGAGAUGACUUUGUUGUAAAGAAUGUUCACAGGAAACCAUAA